AUGUCUUGUACGGAAUCAUCAGACAUUUAUUGGAAUUAUGAUAAUCCAUCUGACUGGUCAAAAAAUUUUCCAUGUGCAAGUGGACUAUGUCAAUCUCCAAUAGAUAUUAAUUCAAUUGAUACAAUUCCACAUAUGUAUCCAUCAUUUAUAUUUUCUUCAAAAUAUAAUUCCGAUAAACUAUUUACUUUGAAAAAUAAUGGUCGACAAAUAUGUACAACGGUAUCGAAAUCUAUUGAUGAACAUAAACAAAACGAUCUUUGGUUUAGUGGUAGUGGAUUACCUGGAGUAUAUCAUUUUCAAGAAUUUCAUAUACAUUGGGGACAAAGUAAUAGACAUGGAUCAGAACAUAAAAUAAAUGGACAUCGAUUUUCGGGUGAAGCACAUUUUGUUCAUAAAAAUUAUGAUAAUGGACAAAUAGCUGUACUUGCAUUCUUUUUUUCUACUGUUGCUGCUGAUGUUGUUGUCGAUAAUAAUAAUGAACAUCAUGAAUGGGAUAGAUACGCUGAAGUUGCAAGUCGAUUAACGAAAAUUCAUGAUACAACGAAUUGUACAUUUAAUUUAAGUAAACUUAUGCAAAUUGAUGAUCGAGAAUUUUUUCGUUAUAUGGGUAGUUUAACAACACCACCUUGUACAGAAGGAAUUAUUUGGACUGUAUUUUCUUAUGAAAUUCCAAUUAAAGCAAGUAGUUUAGAUCUACUUCGUCAAAAUAUUAUGCGAAAAGUUUGUCGACCUGUACAACCAAUAAAUGGUCGAACUAUUUUUCGAAAUCAUCAUUAUUCAAAGAUAACCUGA